AGGGCUGUUCCCGUUGUUGGAAGAGGUGGUCGCUUCGUUGUCGUAGGGAGAACCAGGGGUGUUCGUGAGCCACUCGGGGUUGGUGCCCUCGGUGUCAGUGGGCGAAACGGUGUCAACGUCCAUAGACUGACCCGAAGACCGACCUUUGCUUCCCUCGUUGCUUCCAGGGCCAUUUGUAAGCCAUUUGUUGGUAGUUACCGAACCCUCUGCUGUCGUGAUGUUGAUGGUAAAAGCCUCAGCGGCGUUGGAAGUUGUACUGCUCUCAGCAGGAGGGGGGCCGCUGGCAAUAGCAGCGGCCAGUAUGACCAUGUCACGAUCGAAGGCCUCUUUCUCGGCGGCCUCAGUAUCGUUUCGGGUGUCAUCAUCUUCAGCGGGCUCGCCAGAACCAGUGUCGUCUGGCGAGUCAAUGGCGUCUAGCUCAUCCGCGGCUGCAGCGCUUGCUGAAGCUUGGGCAUCCCAAGGGUCCUCUUCGUUGUUUUCUUGCUCCUGGUCAGACUCAUGCUCGGUGGUGGCUUCACUAGCACCCGCCGAGCCAUGCUCCCACGAGUCCGAGCCUGCUUCAUCACCAUCAGUGUCCUACUCCGAUGAUGUCUCGCGGAGACUCUCAGCCUCGUCAGGGGUUGGCGGAGGCAGGUGGACGAAAGAAGCAUAUCUGCCGAUAUCUUCAGACGACACAUACAUAAUGGCUUGAUUUCGAAGAGUAACGAGAAAGUCAAGCUUCUUGUACCCAUUCCUGAGUGCCUGUUCUCGGAUCGGCUCCGACAUCUUGGCCGUAUGAUGGAACCUCUGCCCCCACAGCGACAUGAUGGAAACCAGGCCACAGGUAUGUUUGAGUGUGUCUGAAGCAAGGUUAAACACUUCUCGUCGAGCAAAAGGAGAGCACAAAUACCUGAUCAACUGGAGAAGGCGGUGAUGGAGGAGUCGGAGCUCCAGGUCACGAAAGUAAUGCGAUCAAAAAGAUAGAGAACAAAACAACGUUCUAGAUGAUGAUUCUUGUGUUUUUAAUGGAAAAGAAAAAGCAAAAAGCGACGUGGGAGGUGGGAGGUGAGAGGGCAAGGUUUGUGUAGGAGGGAGAGAAGAGCGAAGUCGCAGAGUGCAAACGAGAUGCAAGGUCGAGAUUACGUUUACAACCCGCGGAGGGAAAAGGGCAGAAGCACUUAUUCGCAAGCUAUCGAUAAGAUACAGCUGACUACACGCCCAGAAGUGGCCACGGGAGCCAGCAAACACUUAUUAUAAGCGAGUUACUGAGCAUCAGGGAAAGAGAAGAUGAGUUCCUGAAUGUGAUGCCAACGCCAGUGACAAACGGCCGACGAGACAUGUAAAACGGCACAAGAAGUAGAGAGUAGAAC